AUGAAGACGAAAUCAGAUACCGGGCACCCGAGGGUCCUCAGAAAACUCGGGCAUCUGGAGAGCUAUCUAGAAUGCCAGCACUCGAAAGAUCUGUAUCGAGGGACGAGUUUGAACUGCAGAUACUCCAUACCCCCCGGCCUGCCUUCUGGACUCGAUGCUCUGCAAGCUUGUUUCGACCGAGCGGUUGCUCGGAUUGUCCUCGACCAGCCGAUGCUACAAGUUGGGACCCGGACGGAAUCCCCGACGCGAAGUGUCUUCCUCCACGUUGAGGAAAUCGAUCUUGCAAAUCAUCUAGAGCUUCGAGAAGUCGCCGAUGAAGACUUUCAAAAAGCUCAAGAGGUCAGCAUCAGGGAAGGUGUUGACAAAAAGUUCAAAGAGCUGGAAACCGUACCCGGAUGGCGCGUGGCUAUCUGUAAACCAUCGCUUGGCGACUUUGUGGAGGUCAAUUUCAUCUUUCAUCAUACCAUUACGGACGGUAAUGGCGCAAAGCUUUUCCACGAGCUACUUCUCAAGCACCUCAUAUCACGCACUCAACCAGAAGAGCUUGAAGGCCGAAUAAUCCACCUCAGGCCGGAGAACUGUCAACCCUUCCCACUCGCCAUGAACGUCCUAUGUGACUUCAACUUAUCUGGAGUCUUCUUACUCAAACAGGUGUGGCAGGAGAAACGGCCGGUACCAGUGGCAAUGCGUGACACACUGCUAGCACACUGGGCGCCCCUGAAGCCCGGCCCAGCCACAACGCGCCGCAGGACGAAUAGAGCAGACGCGGGAACUCUGCAACGACUUCUGAAGACUUGCCGUGAAAACGAAACGACAGUCACUGCUCUCAUGCAUGCCAUGUGCUUGGUGUCGCUCGCUGGCCGGCUGGGAAGGAAGGAGGCCCCUGGAUUUACUGGACAGUCGGCACUGGACCUAAGGCGGUUCGCGCCAGUGACGCCGGACGGAGUGUCGACGCAUGGACUGCUGCAUAAUAUUGUUAGCGUAAUGCCGCAUCAUUUCGAUGAGAAGUAUGUGGACAAGAUUCGGGAUCGGAUUCUCAGGGAGGAAGCCACGAUGGUAGAUACGGAGGUGAUGAUCUGGGAUGCAGCGAAGAUCACCCGAAAGCAGCUCAAGGAUAGAUUAAGCUGGGGGCUCAAGAACGAGAUGCAGGGCCUAUUGAGGUAUGUGUCAGACUGGGAGACGGAGAAAAAGAAAAGGAUCAAGCGGCCAAGGGAGUAUGCCUGGCUGGUAAGUAACAUCGGGGUACUGAAGAACGACCAUGCGGAAGCCAAUGCAGCCAACGGUGAGCCAAGAAACUGGCAGAUCGAGCAGGGACAAUUCAGUCUGGGUUCCGAAGUGACCGGAUGUGCAUUUGGUGUGAGUGCGGUGGGCGUUGAACGCGGCGGUUUGUGCAUCGAUGUUAGUUGGCAGGCCGGAAUCUAUGACGACAGUCUUGGGGAGGGACUGGCAGGUGAUAUUGGGAAGUGGAUGAAGGAGCUUGGGCGGUGA